AUGUCACCAAUCGCCGCAUCACAUUCCGAGUCUGCGCUCGUGGCGCCGUCUUCGGCCUCGGACGACGCUGCUGCUUCGACCGGUGCGAUAGAACCCCCCGAUAGUCUCCACACUGUGUCUGCAGCCCUACGCAGCCUUUCUAUCUCUGCUCCUCCGUCUUCAGCCACAGACCUGUGCGAUGCUUCCAAACACAAUCUUGGCUUGUCAUAUCCACCACCGGCGCCCGCGACUCAGCUCGCGGAACGUCACGUCCAGUCUGUUGCACCUGCGCCAACAGCUGCCGCCUCUACUCACUCUACCAGCCCCGCUAGUCGCUACGGCCGUCACUUUGCCAUGUCCAACUCCAGCUCUGUCGACUCGCAACUCAACUACGACUCGUAUCUUGUCGUGCCAGCGAGUCCGAGCAUGAGCGAAGGCCUUACCGACAGCCCUGGUAGUGUCUCGAGCAUGAGCAGUUUUCGACGCGGCGAUCUCGCCGAUAUCGAGGACCUCGACCUUGAACCCGAGCUCGAGACGGUCAGCGAAUGCGAUGAAGAGUCUAGCAGUCUCUGCUCGUUGGAUAUCGGCAUAGACCUGGACUCUGAUUCGGAGCGCGCCAGCUCUCACGGAGGCGAUCACGACCAUCUGCCUCUCAGCCUAUCGUCGUCUCAUCCCCCCCGCAAUGCAGCGCAACGAUCUGGAUCUCAGCCGACAGCGGCGUCCGAUUAUGCCCGUCGAAAGCGGAGCGAGUGGCUGCUAAACAACUAUGCCAACAAGAUCGCCGCUCGCCGUCCGCGUCGAGUCAAAAAGGGCCGCAUCUCCGAGAUUGUUGAAGAGGGAGGCGAGGCCAUCAACACCACCGUCAUGCCCAAGGCACCCUUUGCCUCGGGCGCUUCCGAUUGGUCGUGCGACGUAUCAGGUCCGCCCAUCGCUCCUCCCCGCAGCGUUAGCCCCUCCGACUCGGUCCCUGCAAUCCCUUCGCCACUGUGCUCCUGCGUCAGCGUCGACGGCGCUCCCAGCGCUGGCACAAGUGGCCUUGAGGAGAGCGUCGAGACCAUUCAGGGAGAUUCACAAGCAGUCGUGGCACCAAUAUCUGAUAAAGAUCUUUCCGCCCUAGAGCACGAACAGCAAGAUACGAAUGCUAAGCCAGCAGAGCAAUCUGACUACGAUGAUCUCGAACCACCUUCCAAGCCCGAAACCGAAACAUCGCCGCCGCGUCUCUCUCGGUCUUCGAGUCGUCGCAACUCAUCGCCGGUCAAGCUACGCCCGUGCUUCCGACGACAGUCUUCGCAUCAGUCUGCCGCUUCGACGCGAGAGUCAUCGUGCGAGCGUGAUCCACCACGUGGUCGAUCGGUUCGAUUUAGCAGCAGGCCACCGCAGGAGAUGCGAACACACAGCCCGGUCGAAUACGAUCGCAAAAGCUGUCCCGUUAACAAUCGACUUAGCCCCGCCGAUGUUGAAGAGCUCAGAACCAUGAAGAUGGAGAUGGGUCUGUUGGAAGCAAGAUGGGCCGCCGUGGCAGCAUGCAAGCCUAGGAAGGUCCAAGGCACCGAGGGCACCACCAAGCCCGAGAAUCACAAUGCCUACAAUGCUGGUGUAGCCGCCAUGUCAGCUUCGCGAGAGCGUCGUCCAGCAUGUGGAGCAGAGUCUGAUUCGACGCUGGGACCCGGCUCGAUGAGCAGCCCUGCUGCACGUUUGCGCCAGCAGAAGGAACGUGAGCGUCAGCAGGAACGUCAACGCAACCUGCCUCACUACAUGCGCAAUCGAGCCAGUGUAGCCCAGCCUCAAACCGAGCCACUCUCGUCCGAAGCCCUUUCAAUACGCAGCAAGUUUGGACAUGCACCACCACCGCCGCUCCCAGGAUUACCUGCGGCCCGUGCUCCAUCCGUGUCACCAAGCCGCUCAACCUCGGUUCCACCUCGCCACCGCUCUGCAGUCGAAGAGGUCGCUACGCCUCGCCGGCUCAGUUGCCAAUCAAUAUCCACGUCCGGCACGCACGUUCUCCGGCCAGCAGACAUCCCAGUAUUGACGCAGACCAGUCCGUCGCCGCCCUCCUCUCCUCGAUCGAGCUUCACCAAGGAUUCGCUAAGCUCGAUUGGACUUCCGGAACGGGGUAGAUCAGGAUCCUGUGCAGCACCUCCGAUGCCUUCGCCGUGGUCGAGCGGUCCGAGUUCAACUACCUCAUCAAUCUACUCGAGCACCUACUUCCCCAGCGCAUCGGCCUCACCCGCGCCGUGUGUCAGCUAUGCUGGAAGCAAUGGCUACGAUAGCCCCGCUUCGGAAUUCUACGAGAGUGGCAGCGAGUAUGACAUGGUCUGCUAA